UUUACAACUCUCCCAAAGAUAAAAAGGGAGAAGGGAGAAAGGGAAUCUUGCACAUUACAAAGACCAAGGUUGUUCAGACAAUUCUCCCAAAUCCUUUACUUAUUAAUCACCACCUCCUCACUCCCACCACUCCACCUCACCCUCCGACAACCAUGAAUUGACAGAAUUACCCCUCCCCCUUCCCCUCGCAUGGGCGCAUCAUUAUCUAACCUAACAGAAAACGGGUCACCCAAUAACGGCGGACGACCGGGUCUCGGUGAUAUACCGGAGAAUUGUGUAGCCUGUGUAUUUAUGUACCUUAAUCCACCCGAAAUCUGUAAUUUAGCUAGGUUAAAUCGUGCUUUUCGUGGUGCUGCUUCUUCUGAUGCUGUUUGGGAAUCUAAACUUCCCCCUAAUUAUCAACAACUGCUCGAUCACCUUUUGCCUCCGUUGAAUUAUCAUGAUUUUUCAAAGAAGGAUAUUUUUGCUCUUCUCGCUCGUUCCGUGUCGUUUGAUGAUGGCAAUAAGGAGGUAUGGUUGGACAGAAUUAGUGGAAUUUGUAUGUCAAUCUCCUCAAAAGCGAUGUUGAUAACUAAUAUGGAAGACAGGAGACACUGGACCUGGUUUCCCACAGAAGAAUCAAGGUUCCAUGUUGUGGCGUAUUGCCAGCAGGAAUGGUGGUUUGAAUUAAGUGGCACAGUGAAGUUUCCUUUUCCUCCGGAUAUAUACACACUAACAUUCAGAGUUCAUCUUGGGAAAAUUUCCAAAAGACUCGGUCGGCGUGCUUGCAACUUUGAGCAUACUCAUGGAUGGGAUUUGGGGCCAGUACGUUAUGAACUGUCUACUUCUGAUGGGCAACAUGCAGUUAGUGAGUGCUUUCUAGAUGACAUGGGGCAAGACGACCCAAAUGGGAAUAUCAGGCGUGGGAACUGGAUUGAGUACAAGGUGGGUGAAUUUAUUGUCAGCACGUCAGAUCCUGUGACGGAAGUUAAAUUUUCAAUGAAACAGAUUGACUGCACACAUUCCAAAGGCGGGCUCUGUGUUGAUUCUGUAUCUAUUACCCCCAGUGAUCUGAAAGUCCAUCAAAGAUGAGGGAUUUAAAGUACCUGUAUGUGACGUGUUUUCUUGCCAAAGCUCCCAGGAAACUUUAAUUGGGUUCCAUUAUACCGCCUAAAAACAUUACAUUUUGUGAAGCUAGUCAUUGUAAAAUUCUUUUUGCCUUAGGUAUGUCUUCUCUCUCCAUGUAAAUGUUACUGUUUUGUACUUGAUCCAGUUUUGUUGCAUAGAAUUCCUUCUGCAGAAGAUCAAGAAAAGAGAGUUUGCUCAUUUUUCAUUAGAGAAAAAGUUUAACUAUUCUAGUUUAA